UCGAGCUCGUCUUCGCCUUUUCCAGAUCGCGAAUUCGCUCUCUCUCUCUCUCCAUCUCCAUCUCUUCCUCCUUCUCCAGUCCGCCUUCGACACAGCGUCCUCUAACUGUCACUUUCUCUCUCUAAAACCCUAGGAGAGGGCCGAGUUCCCGGCGGCGAGGGCGAGGGCGAGGGCGGUUGGUCGGUCGGUCGGAGCUUCGAUCGGGUCGGGUCGCGAAAAUGUCGGGGAAGGGCGCAAAGGGUCUGAUAAUGGGGAAGUCCGCCUCCAACAGCAAGGACAAGGACAAGAAGAAGCCCGUCUCUCGCUCCUCCCGCGCCGGCCUCCAGUUUCCAGUAGGCAGGGUCCACCGUCAGCUGAAAUCAAGGGUUGCUGCAAAUGGAAGAGUUGGAGCGACAGCUGCUGUUUAUACUGCCGCUAUCCUUGAAUAUUUGACUGCAGAGGUUCUGGAGUUGGCAGGCAACGCGAGCAAAGAUCUGAAAGUGAAGCGUAUCACACCAAGGCAUCUGCAGCUGGCGAUCCGGGGAGAUGAAGAGCUGGACACCCUCAUCAAGGGAACCAUAGCCGGUGGAGGUGUCAUCCCUCACAUCCACAAGUCGCUUAUUAACAAAUCUUCAAAGGAGUAGAUUGCUCUCAUCGUUGCUUCGUUUGGUUCCAUGUAAUUUUUCAGUUAGAGGAAGAUGAGGAUAUUGUUGGUCUGUUUUUUUAAUUUCUUCCAUGUGACAAAUCGGACGUGCUUAUCUUAGUUAAUCUUGUGCUAGCUUAGGUGGUGUUUAACAGAAGUUGCGUUGCUUUUGGCAUCCCUUCACUUUCUCUCUCUUUUGAGUUUUAACAGUGAUACAGCUUCCCCUUCUUAGUGGGUUAUAUCAUUGCUUCGUGGAUAGGUAAAUCA